AUUCAAUAUAACACUAUAACAUUAAAAUGGAAUGUUUACUAAUGUUUAUGUUUUCAAUGAGCAUAGUAUUGACAGUUGAAGCAGAAUGCGACGCCCAAAGCGACAAAGGUGUGAAAAAUGAAGAAGUUCAACUAACGUUUUCAAAAAACAAGUGUUCAAUAUCAUGUCAUAUAGACAAAGACCUAGCAAAGACGAUAUAUUUUAUGAAGUUAUUAAAACAGACAAAUGGCUCAUUUUACGAUGUUCUACAAAGCCGUCGUAUUGGCGAAACAAAUAAAACAAAAUUGUUCAAUUGUACAGAUAUGCAAUCUAGAUCUUCACACAAAGGAUCAGAUCUUGAUGAAGCGACAAUGGUGUUUGAAUUAGAUUCAGAUCACUUAAAGGAUACAGACAAUUCGCUAUACAAAUGUGAAAUAGAUUCUGAGUCGUACACGGGAAUUCAAUGGAACACGGCGAAUAUAGAUUGGACAGGUUGUGUCGACACGCAUGCUGAAUCAGAGUCUAUAUGUACAAAAUCAUCUUUAUUAUCCACCCUUGUAGCAUUUUUGUAUGUCGUGGUUUCAUGA